UAUUGUAGAUGCUACAUAAUAUCAAUAACAGAAGAAUUCAUUAACGAGUGCGUCUGAAUUGGUUUGAAUUACGCUUUCAUUAUUCACUUGUGCAUUACGUAUUCAACAUGUGCGCAAGAACAAGAGAUACGACGGAAAAAGAGUGACCUUUUUGCGACUAACGCCCAUUUCCCACUAUUUUCCACGGGAAGAGUGAGAAGGUGUGGUUAUUGAUGGUGUAAAAACGUGUUUCGUGUUCUAUCAACAAUGGAAGUUUUAAUAAAAAAGUACGAGUACUUUGAAGAAAGAAUAUUACAGAGCUUGAAAAAUAAUGGUAUAGAACAUCGGAUAAAAGCUAAUAGCGGAUUAUGGCUUGGAAUAUUAGUAGGCUUAAGUGCAAUUUUAACUAUCCUGAAAGAAGAUGCCAGUUACUCUGAAAUUUGCCUCAUUUCAGGCCUUACAGGCAUUGGUCUUCUCAUUAGUUGUGCAUGUUUAUAUUUAAGAUUGUCAACAGAACAAGUUGCAGUCAGAGAUUUUCAAGUAAUAUAUUUUUUACCAGCUCUAAUAACAUCCAUGUUGUAUCUUCUAAUAGCAAAUAAAGGAUUACUAGUGAGUGUGACAUGGGGCUUAAGUGUAGCAAGUUUAGGUACAUGGGGUGUUCUGCAAUUGAUGUCAAUAUUUCCUGGUUGUUUUACACUUGGAGAGGCAACAGCAGUGAUACAUGGUUGCAUUCUUUUCCUAAUGUCUGUUGUAACAAAUUUGCCAUUACGGUAUCAUUUACCACCAAUUCAUGAUGAUGAUAUUGCUACAGUUUUAGUACAGGUUGCAAUGCUAUAUGUAAUAUCAGUUUGCAUAAUAUCUGGAUACUUCAAAACAUUUCGUUCAACUAAAUGCUUUUACAUAAUGACAAUCACUUUGUUAUUAAUCAUAUAUUUGCCAUUAAUAUAUAUUAUGCUGGAUCAAAAUCCUAUAGUGUGGUUACUUUCAUUUAUUUUCAGUAAAGCAAGUAAGACCAUUUUAAUUGGUUACUGGGCUGUAUGUCUAUCUCUUGGCAUAAUUGCUAUUGGAUACCAGACAUUAUUAAAUAUUCAUGCAACAACUUCUACUAGAAAAAUUUUCCACUUAUUAGCUGUUCUUGUAUAUAUACCUGGUUUAAUGUAUGAACAAAUAUUCCUGUAUCUUGCUAGUGGUAUGGUAAUGGGAUUAUUUGUAUUUCUUGAGCUGAUACGGUGUUUGAGAAUACCACCUCUUGGAGAGGCAUUACAACAAGGAUUUUCUGUAUUUGUAGAUGAAAAAGAUAGUCUUAUUUCUUUGACACCUUUAUAUUUACUCUGUGGUUUAUCUUUUCCACUUUGGAUGCCUACCAAUAACGUUCCAUUAUUAGCUUUGCUCAGUGGUGUCCUGACAGUUGGAGUAGGUGACACUGUUGCUAGCUUUGUUGGUAGUAAAUGGGGUUCUCACAAAUGGACUAAUUCGAAUAAAACGAUCGAAGGAACGAUCGGUUGUAUUUUCAGCCAAGUUGGAUUAAUAUGUAUUUUAACAUCUAUGGGUUAUGUAAAUAGUGGUUGGUUAUUUUUGAGAAGCAUAUUAUUUAGCGUUGUCGUGUCGCUUAUCGAAGCGCACACGAACCAAGUUGAUAAUUUAGCUUUACCUUUGUUGAUGUACGUUUGUCUAACUCUUUAGACUUGUAACAAGGACAAAUCCUGAGACGGACAAUAGUAGUAGUAACUAUUCCGAAAACGACUGAACUAUAUAUAUUUUAAUUGUUCAGUACAAAAUUGAACCAAAAGCAUCGCGCUUACUUCAUUAAUUUACAUCUUUAUUUGUUUCUUUACAUUUGAGAGAAUGCAUAUAUUUUCUGUUGUACAUAGUUCUAUUUUCCCGAAAUUGUUUUUACGUUAACGCAUUUCGUUAUAAAUAACAUUAAAAACUAGUUACUAGUCAAAAAUUUCCGAGGUUCUUCGUAACUUUUGCUUUCUCGUUACUGUACAGUUUAAUAUACUAAUAUUAUUUAAAAAUGUAUACAUAUACUAAACAAAAUUUUAGGUUGUUGUUUUAGGUUUCAAACAAGUAGGAGAGAAAAUUAUUAACAUAAUGACCACUGUUACGAGAUGUGUUAAUUAGUAUCUAUGCAAAAGUGUUCAUAUUUGUACAUAAAUAGCGCUGCGAUUAUGCCCGCGUAAGCCAAACAUAGCUCAUUUGUUUAGAAAAAAAUCAGAGUUAUGUGUAAAAAAAAAAGUCUCAAUUAUUCAUAAUUUUUUACGUAAUUACCUAAUUCGCUACUGUAUACAAUUUGUGUAGAAAAGAUGACUGUGUGCCUGUAACGUUACACUUACACACGUAAUUUGAUACUUUGUAACGCAUACUUUAUUCAUUCCUAUCGACGCAUUUUUAUAUUCCGCCCGAAUGAAACUGUGAACGAAAUUUACUUUUAUUAAUAAAAUAUUUUUAUAACUGUGUA